AUGAGCACUCUCAGGACAAAGAAACCCCGUCCCAGGGAGGCCGGCCCCCACAGGGAUGGCGCCGCCUACACUGCCAGAAAGAAAGACAAGGUUCCUCUCCACGACGAAGCAGACUUAGUCAAUUUUCGCGCGGACUCGUUGACGCGGCUCAUCACAAACCAAGAUUACAUGGAAAACGCGACCCUGAAGCCGUUCCACACGUCGCAUAUCGCCCCACCGGCUGUAUUCCCUACGCACACCAAGAAAGCAUAUGAGGAGAAAGCUACAGACGAAGAGAUUGAAGCGCUCGUGAAAUCGCUCAAGCCGGAGGAAUUGUGGAGCGGCGACAUUCGCUUGAUGCGCGCGAAGGCCAAGCUUAUGGAUGAAGAGUGGGCAGACAUCCAGAAGACAGAGGAGCCAAAUGUAGAGACGGAGUUUAGCGAGAAAAUGCGGGCCCAGCGGGAAGCCGUAGAGCGGCUAGCGAAGUUGCAAUCGUCUGGCGAGGGGCUUGGGGCGAUGGGCAAUGUAGAGGAGUCCUUCAAUGCGAUUCUCGAGGAGUACGAGAAGAAGCUCGGCGCGAAGUGUAAAUUACAACAGAGUGGAUUCAACAAGCAUUCCAUUCCGAUAAAGGAAUUGGCGCCUGCGGUUGUAGUGGAGCAGGCGCCUCCACUAUAUAAUCCUCGCCUGAUCAAUCUGUACUUAGGCAUGAAGGAAGAGAGUGAAGCUGAGAAAGACCUUGCGACGCAAGAAAAGACAGAACCGAGUAGGCCCUCGAAUAUGGGUAGGUCCAACAGUGGCUUCAACGAUAACGGCUUCGAAGAGUUUGGCUUCCUGUUGGGCGGUUCUGAGGAUCGUAUUGACAGCCGACCAGAAAGCACGUGGAACGGUGACCAGAUGAGUGGCUCACGCAACGAAUCCGAUGAAUUCCUUAAGAAUGACUCGGCCUCAUAUAACCAAGAUUACAACAAAAGCGCACAGUCUGGGUAUGAGAGCGAAGCGGCUCUCAACACAAGCGCACAGGAAAAUUCCGGUGCCAGCAAACCACCGCAGAAUAUGGACGCCGACCCAAUGGUGGAUUUGAACCAGUUUCUCACAGAUGGAGGGGACGACGAAGAGAUGGAUGAGAUGGACGCAUUGAUGGACUUUGACCAAGGCAACAACAACGCCGCCAACGAAGGCGAAGAGGAGCCAUUCGGGGUGGACUUCCUCAAUGACAUGGAGAUGGAUUUGAACUAG